AUGGCAGAGGUUGCAGAGGAGACGAUGAACAUUGAAAAUGUCGUCCAUCCAACUGCCGAAAAGACUUACGAAGAAUGGCAUCGCUCAAUAUUGCAAGCCAAGUCUCAACCAUCUUGCACGACGCAGAUUCACAAAGUUCCUUUGAUCUUAAAAGAGAAUAAGGAUCAUGGCAAGUACUAUGUGCCAAAGGUAGUGUCUCUUGGUCCAUAUCACUAUGGCAACCCAAGGCUUGAAUCGGUUCAGGUCAUCAAGCCCCUUUUUACAAAGAAGCUUCUAAAAAAGAACCCUGGUGAAGAUGAAGAUGAGCACUUAUCUGAGUCGAUUGACCGUUUGUAUAAAGUUCUUGACCAAAUGGUUGACACAUUACGUGGGUAUUACGAAGAUGUAGAUACUCGGUUAUCAAAUGAUGAGUUCACAAGGAUGAUGUUGCUAGAUGGUUGUUUUAUCCUGUAUUUCAUUAAAAAUAUCUACUUGAAUGAAGUAACAGAUUCUCUAGGGUUGAAAAGCCACCAUAUUAUGUUUGUUCAAGAAGAUAUGUUCUUGCUAGAGAAUCAAAUCCCGUACAGAGUUCUUACUCAGGUGAUGGAGUUUGUGCCAGAUGAGGAUUGGAAUUUUAAGAUCAAACGUUUUAUCGAUGACAACAUUUUAGCGACGGAGAGACAGAAAAGAAAACAAGAAAAUCCUUUGAAAUCUAUCUCAUGCCGUCCAAUUCCAGGUACAACAAAUCAUCUUCUUGAGCUUCUACAAACCCGGCUUACAAAAGACAGUACUUUUGAUCCGCACCCUAAUGAUAGGUAUACUUUUCGUAAUGUUAAUGAGCUUUUAGAAGUAGGAAUUCGUUUCAAGCCGAGUAAAACUAGGUCUCUAUCACAUAUCAAGUUCACUAAAUACGGGUUUUGUGCUAAUUUGGAGCUUCCUCCAAUCACCAUAGACGACGCCACAAAGCCAAUGUUGUUGAAUUUGGUAGCAUAUGAGAUGUGUUCAAAUGACCCAAACGCGUCAUGGGUCACUUCAUAUAUAUGCCUUCUUGAUUCUCUUAUUGAUCACUCUGAGGACGUCAAGGUUCUUAGAAAAGCAGGGAUUUUAGACAACCGUCUUGGGAGUGAUGAUGAAGUUGCGCAACUAUUCAAUGAAAUAGGUACAGAUCUUGUGCCUAACAAUUUGGCAUAUUCGACGGUAAGGUUUGGGAUUCAGCAGCAUUAUGACAGUAAAAGGAAUACAUGGAUGAGCCAACUAAAGCAUGAGUACAUCAAGACCCCUUGGGCAUUUGUAGCGCUACUAGUCGGCAUUGUGGGUCUUUUUCUUAGUUCUGUUCAAGCUUACUUCACCGUUUGGGGCGUCCCAAGUCAUUGCGAGAAUCUUUGUUUGUCUAUGAAGAUGAAUCACCGUUUAUGAUCAUGUUCAUAACCAGGGGUUUCGAUUUCAUGUUUUUGUUCAUGUUUUCUGUUUGAAAUAGCUAGGAUCAA